AAAAAUAAUAUAAAUAUCAAUUAUACUUUUCAUAUAUAUAAAAUAUAUAAAAAUGUUUAAAUUUUGCUUUUCUGAAGAUAAAAAAAAACCAGAUGACAAGCAGCAGAGUAACUUGACAUGGUUCCCUGCUACGAAGAUUAAUGUAACUGAUGAGCAAACUAAAAUUUCUGAUGACUGUCUAUCGAUUGAUGUCACCGAAGAUGUCAAUUUGAAAGUGAUAAAUGUUGACAAUCUUGUGCUAGAUCUCAACAAUGACAAGUACGAAAAUAUUAUCAAAGCUGAGUCACAACAUUCUGAUUUACUUCCUGCUGUUUAUGAAGGCGGAUUAAAAAUCUGGGAAUGCAGUUUUGACUUAAUAAAAUAUUUAAAUCAUCAAGAUAUUGAUUUUAAAAAUUUAAAAGUCCUUGAUCUAGGAUGUGGGGCAGGAAUCGUUGGUAUUUUUUUAUUAUCAAAAGGAUCUACUGUUCAUUUUCAAGAUUAUAAUAAUGAAGUCAUUCAAUUAGUGACGAUACCGAAUGUCGCUUUAAACAUUUCAAGCUCUGAUGACAUAAAUAAAGUAUCAGAAUUCUACUCUGGUGAUUGGGAAUCUUUUGGUGAAUUAUUAACAAGAGAAAAUAAUUACUAUGAUUUAAUUCUGAGCUGUGAGACAAUUUACAAUACAGACAAUCAUAAAAAAUUGUACGAAAUAUUCAAGAGACAUCUAAAGCCUACAGGAGUCGGAUACGUAGCAGGUAAAACUUAUUACUUUGGUGUCGGCGGUAACAUGAGAGAAUUUGAAAAUUUAAUAAAACAAGACAAUAAAUUAAGAGUAAAAAACGUGUGGAAAAGUGAGCAAGGGCUGCAGCGGGAAAUUUUAAAACUGACCCAUUAGUUUUUCUGUAAGCGGUUUUAUAAAUUUUUUAAAUAAAAUGAUAAACAAAAAAUGCA